UUCAGCCUAGAUACGCUCAUUGGCACCGUCACUGUGUCAAGGUACAAAAACACUGCUGCACCAUUGCGUACACAGGGUACCGGUCAAGAAAAGACACAUUCCCGCGAAGAGAAUCACUGGCCAAGUAUUGAGCAAGACUGCCAGUUCUGCGACGCGAAAGAGAUUCGGUACACGACCCUCCAGACCCGGGGUGCGGAUGAGGGAAGCACAGUCUUUUACUUUUGUCCAAAGUGCAAACAAAGGUACAAAGAAAACAACUAGGUCGGGGAAGACUGUCCGUCAUGCCAGGCAAUCAUGACAUGGGAAAAUGGGAGUGCCUCGGGUGUGGUGGAUUCCAACUGGCGACCUGUGCUUGCUCCCUAUCCACGCCGCAGGGCGCUAUGGGCCAGGGGCGGCGCCGGAGGACACGCU